CAGGAAGUCCGGUGUUGAUGGCUCUGUUGUUCAAGGGCCUGUAGUUGGGGUUCUCGGCUGGAUUCUGGGCGGCCCUCUUUUAGCCUAGUUCUAGCCCCGAGCCCGGCCUGGUACGCUCAGGGUGAGACUGUCGGGGCGACUCUGCUCGUCGCCAUGCAUGACGCUUUCGAGCCGGUGCCGAUCUUAGAAAAGCUGCCUCUGCAGAUCGACUGUCUGGCUGCCUGGGGUGAGCCAAAAGACCAAGGGACUGAGACGGGGGAAGUACUCUUUUGUAGGAUAAGAUCUUCAGUAGGCUGCAACAGGUUUGAAGUGACACUAGAGAAAUCCAAUAAGAACUUCUCCAAAAAGAUUCAGCAGAUCCAUGUGGUUUCCCAGUUUAAGAUUCUGGUCAGCUUGUUAGAAAAUAAUAUUUAUGUCCAUGACCUAUUGACAUUUCAACAAAUCACUACGGUUUCAAAGGCCAAGGGAGCAUCACUGUUCACAUGCGACCUCCAGCACACAGAGACUGGUGAGGAGGUGUUGCGGAUGUGUGUGGCUGUGAAAAAGAAGCUGCAGCUCUAUUUCUGGAAGGACAGGGAAUUUCAUGAAUUGCAGGGAGACUUUAGUGUACCAGACGUGCCCAAGUCCAUGGCAUGGUGUGAAAAUUCUAUCUGUGUGGGUUUCAAGAGAGACUACUACCUAAUAAGGGUGGAUGGAAAAGGGUCCAUCAAAGAGCUCUUUCCAACAGGAAAACAGCUGGAGCCCUUAGUUGCACCUCUGGCGGAUGGAAAAGUGGCCGUGGGUCAGGAUGAUCUCACCGUGGUGCUCAAUGAGGAGGGGACCUGCACACAGAAAUGUGCCCUGAACUGGACAGACAUACCAGUGGCCAUGGAACACCAGCCUCCCUACAUCAUUGCAGUGUUGCCUCGAUAUGUGGAGAUCCGAACAUUUGAGCCGAGGCUUCUGGUCCAGAGCAUUGAAUUGCAAAGGCCCCGUUUCAUUACAUCGGGAGGAUCAAACAUCAUCUAUGUGGCCAGCAAUCAUUUUGUUUGGAGACUCAUUCCUGUCCCCAUGGCAACCCAAAUCCAACAGCUUCUCCAGGACAAGCAGUUUGAAUUGGCUCUGCAGCUUGCAGAAAUGAAAGAUGAUUCCGAUAGUGAAAAGCAGCAACAGAUCCAUCACAUAAAGAACUUGUAUGCCUUCAACCUCUUCUGCCAGAAGCGUUUUGAUGAGUCCAUGCAGGUGUUUGCUAAGCUUGGCACAGAUCCUACCCAUGUGAUGGGCCUGUACCCAGACCUGCUGCCCACGGACUACAGGAAGCAGCUGCAGUAUCCCAACCCACUGCCCGUGCUCUCCGGGGCUGAAUUGGAGAAGGCUCACUUAGCUCUGAUUGACUACCUGACACAGAAACGAAGCCAAUUGGUAAAGAAGCUGAAUGAUUCUGAUCACCAGUCCAGCACCUCCCCACUCAUGGAAGGCACUCCCACCAUCAAAUCCAAGAAGAAGCUGCUGCAAAUCAUUGACACCACCCUGCUCAAGUGCUACCUCCAUACGAACGUGGCCCUGGUGGCCCCCUUGCUGCGCCUGGAGAACAAUCACUGCCACAUCGAAGAGAGUGAACAUGUGCUGAAGAAGGCUCACAAGUACAGUGAACUGAUAAUCCUGUACGAGAAGAAGGGGCUCCAUGAGAAAGCUCUGCAGGUGCUGGUGGACCAGUCCAAGAAAGCAAACUCCCCUCUGAAAGGCCAUGAGAGGACGGUGCAGUAUCUGCAACAUCUGGGCACAGAAAACCUGCACUUGAUUUUUUCCUACUCGGUGUGGGUGCUGAGAGACUUUCCAGAGGAUGGCCUAAAGAUAUUUACCGAAGACCUCCCAGAGGUGGAGUGCCUGCCGCGAGACCGAGUGCUCAGCUUCUUAGUAGAGAAUUUUAAGGGCCUGGCUAUUCCUUAUUUGGAACACAUCAUCCACGUUUGGGAGGAGACAGGCUCUCGGUUCCACAACUGCCUGAUCCAGCUGUACUGUGAGAAGGUGCAAGGUCUGAUGAAGGAGUAUCUCCUGUCCUUCCCUGCAGGCAAAACCCCCGUCCCUGCUGGAGAGGAAGAGGGUGAACUGGGAGAAUAUCGAGGGAAGCUCCUUAUGUUCUUGGAAACUUCCGGCUACUAUGAUCCAGGCCGGCUCAUCUGUGAUUUUCCUUUUGAUGGCCUCUUAGAAGAACGUGCCCUCCUGCUGGGACGCAUGGGGAAACAUGAGCAAGCUCUCUUCAUCUAUGUCCACAUCCUGAAGGAUACAAAGAUGGCUGAGGAGUACUGCCACAAGCAUUAUGACCAAAACAAAGAUGGCAACAAAGAUGUGUAUCUGUCCCUGCUCCGGAUGUACCUGUCGCCCCCCAGUGUUCACUGCCUGGGGCCAAUCAAGCUGGAACUGCUGGAGCCACAAGCCAACCUCCAGGCCGCCCUGCAGGUCCUCGAGCUGCAUCACAGUAAACUGGACACCACCAAGGCCCUCAACCUCCUGCCAGCAAACACUCAGAUUAAUGAUAUACGCAUCUUUCUGGAAAAAGUCUUGGAAGAAAAUGCACAAAAGAAACGGUUCAAUCAAGUGCUUAAGAAUCUCCUCCAUGCAGAGUUCCUGCGGGUCCAGGAAGAGCGGAUUUUACACCAGCAGGUGAAGUGCAUCAUCACAGAGGAGAAGGUGUGCACGGUGUGUAAGAAGAAGAUCGGGAACAGCGCGUUUGCGAGAUACCCCAAUGGAGUGGUCGUGCACUACUUCUGUUCCAAAGAGGUAAACCCGGCGGACACCUGAGCCCAGCAUGCCCAGAAUUCAGCAGAUGGACAGCUCAGCCAUCCCAGAGAGGGCAAGGGGCACCGGCCUUGGGAAUCGGGGACUGCUGCCACCACCAGUUGUCUCCCCAUUUGGACACUACUGGCUACUUUGCGCCCUGGAACAUCUCUGAAUUAAUCAGACCUGUGGUCUGGUGUCACCGGCUUUUUAACAGAAAAAGAGACUUGCUGUACUUUAUAUACAUUGUAGCAGGCAGUUCCAGAGAACCGAAUGCCUGUCUGGACUGGAGGAGCUGGAGAUGGGCACCGUCUUGCCUUUGCAUUCCAGCCUACUGAGGAAGCUUUUGUAAUCCCAGGGCUGUUUAUUCAGUUUUCUAUUAAGACACAUGCAGGACGUCACAAGGAUCCCUCCGCAUGGCCGACAAGCCUGUGAGAAGAGAGCAAUUACCAGAGCUCGUCCAGCUGCAAAGGCUAAACGCUGGUUCUCUAGGUAACGAGGGUCAUUUCUCCAGGGCCACAGUACCCUGUGUCCCCCCAGGAGCCUCCCCACUCAUCUCUUUAUUUUCCAGUCUCCUUUUCUUUCCCACUAUUGUCUUCCUGUAUCUCUCUCCUCUCACUGCUCCACCCAGGCUUUCUUUCCCAUUUUCCUGACACCACGAAUAAUAUUUAAACAAGGCAAAGUGAGAAGCAAGGGGAAGUCCUGUUUCCUAGGGGUACGUUGAUAAUUGACUGUCAGGUACGCUGUAAAUAGAUCCUCCUUGGACUGUAUGCCCUGUGCCUAGCAGCUUUGGAGAGUGUCUUUCCUGGCCUGGGAAAGCCCCUGUGCCCCUCCCCUCGGGGCUGAAUAUGGCAGGAGCUCUAAGGAUGGGCAGCACCUGCCGAGGUAUGUGACCGCCAAGACGGUUGUCUGCAGAGACUCCUGCUCUUGGUUCACCCAUUUCCCCCACCAGCCGCCGGGGGCAGGCUGCUUUAGUCUUUGUGGGUGAGUGCAUUGCGCUUGGGGCGCCUUUGUCUUUCUGGCCAGUGUCAUCCACUUACCUUACAGCUUGGCCUGGCCAUCGUUCUCUAGCUUUGUUCUGCAGGAUUGGAGGUUAGCGCUGGCUUGUUGUAGGUAGGUGGCUCUCUGCUGUACACAGAAUGAUCAAAUCAGGCACUGACAAUGACGCAAUGUCACGCGUGCUUGUGAGGUGCUUGGGGACAGCAAGAGUGCUCCAGGAAGCAGGAGCAGCAGCACAUGGGUUUAUGGAAUACGUUUGUCUUUUACCGCCAGAUCCACUGAGCACUUGUGUGUGUUGUGAGGGACACCCUGCCUCUCACAGGGCAUCCCAGAGGCACCCAGUCGGGUGUCCAGCACUGCAGGCUGAGGACACGCGGGGAGCGCAGCCCUGCACCCUCUCCUCCCUGGGGUUUUGCAGACUCGCAGUCUUGUUGCCUCAGUGUCUUUAAUGGUGGUGAGGGUGAGUGACAGUUCUUAACGCUGAUGCUGUUCUGGUGGCCUGUCCUUGACAUGGUGUGAAACUUCUUAAACCAAAGCGCUAUGCUGUUUGUGGCCUGUGCUGCAGACCAGCUUGCUUCUCCCAGGCACGCUGUCUGUGGAGGCUCUCGAGGGGCGGAAGGAGUGCCAUCAGCACCUGUUCACAGAGACGGGAUUCUGCUCAGGGUUUGGAGGCCAAGCCGUGCUUCGCAAGAGCCACUGUCCCAAUGGGCCACACUCAGCCAUGAGAAGCAGUGCUGCCCUUGACCCUGGUUGCGCCAGCUCUGACCAGGCCCCCUCUGGCAGCAGCAGUGAAAUCAUCAGGCCAGCUGUCCACUGUGCAGCAGAAACUUGCUCCACCACGCCAGCCCCACCUUCCUGGCCUGCUGUGUUUGUAUCUUCCACUCUCACUACCUGUGUGGCACAUCUGUUUGAAGCAGUAGAAUAAAGAAUGUGUGUUUUCUUCCCCUUCUGGAAUACAUAACUGACCCAGUUUUCCUGAACUGUAGUCUUCCUUCCCUAAACGAUCUUUGCCCUCCGCGGUGGUAUGGAGAAGGCUGGAGAUGAAAGCCUGUAAUGAGGACUGAUGAAGAGUUCUCAUAAUAAACAUCAUAAAGUAAGAAA